CCUCGUAGACGGCAGCCAGCAUGGUGCACCUGCAGCUGCUGCCGCUCGUCUUGCUCCAGGGCGUCCUCCGGAUCGUAUUUUGUGAUGGUAAUCAAGUCGUACAAGCUACAGAUGUGCUGGACUGGGAAGACAAGGAUGCUGCAGAGACAUUAGUGGACAACGUGGUCCACUCCAGGAUCAUCAACCCGCUACGUCUGUUUGUUAAGCCAUCCCCAGUACUGAAACAUGGCCAGGUGUCCUACUCAGACAGCAUAGAAAACUUUUGGGAUUGGUUGUCCAACAUCACGGAGGUUCAGGAAUCUCUCGCACGAACUAAACGCAGACCUAUAGUAAAAACAGGGAAAUUCAAGAAGAUGUUUGGAUGGGGCGACUUCCACUCUAACAUCAAAACUGUUAAACUGAAUCUCCUGAUCACAGGGAAAAUCGUCGAUCACGGCAACGGCACCUUCAGUGUUUAUUUCCGACAUAACUCCACAGGUCUGGGAAACGUUUCUGUGAGCCUGGUGCCACCUUCCAAGGUGGUCGAAUUCGAAUCAUCUCCACAGUCAACUUUGGAGACCAAGGAAUCCAAGUCCUUCAAUUGCCGCAUCGAGUACGAAAAAACAGAUCGCGCUAAAAAAACUGCCUUGUGCAACUUCGACCCCUCAAAGAUCUGCUAUCAAGAGCAGACCCAAAGCCAUGUCUCCUGGUUGUGUUCUAAACCAUUCAAAGUUAUCUGCAUUUAUAUUGCCUUUUACAGUGUAGAUUACAAACUGGUGCAAAAGGUCUGUCCCGAUUAUAAUUACCACAGUGAGACUCCGUACUUGUCCUCUGGCUGACACAGCCCUGACUAACUGUACAGAUCCAGCACCAGUCAUAAAAGUAAGCAUCUCCAUUAACCUUCUGGAGAGGAAUAUGUUUUUCCUAUCAGGUUCAAAAGUCUUUAAGAACCGUAGCUGUGUUUGUGCUGUAUCGUAACUAAUCAAACUGUUUACGUAAUGAUCAUUUUCAUUUGAGACCAUUGCAUUUUAGUAUUCUCAUCGUUCAUAAGGGAGCUACUAGGCAGACAUGAUUAAAAAAAAAAAUCAAAGCAAAUUAUGUCCGUAAUGAGCAUCGAUCUUGAAAAUCAGUUUUUUAAAGUACACUCCAAGGCAGAGAGGUUAUCUUUCACUUGAAUUGGACAACACUUAGCAGGAAAUGAUUCUCUUUCUCACUGGGAACCUUAGGAGAUGACAAUAUUAAGAGCAAGUUAUAAAGAUGACUCUCAGCUGCUUCCAUAGAAAAUCCAAACCAACAGCUCUCCCACUAAUUUCAUAAAUUAUCGAGUCCAAAUAUGAAAAGAAAGCAUUACUUCUAAGGGAGAGGAGAAAGGAAGGAAAGGAUUUCUAUGAGCUGUGGUAGUUGUAUGUAUUCAUCAAAGUGAAGAGUGAGUAGUACUUCCUUCAGACUUCUUGUCCAUGAAUAUGCAAUGAUGUAAUUAGAUAUUGAUGAGCUUUAGUUUAUUAGACCCACCAGGUGUGCAGGUUUGGUGUACAUUUCCUCCUUCUAUUGUCACCAGUGGUUCUGACCAUCCCCAAGCAUUCACACAUGCACCAGUACUUGUUUCACAGUGACUGAGCAUAUGUACCCUGGAAAAAGAUAAUCUCUGUUUAGGUCUGCAAACGGUGCCAGCUUCCA